CAGGAAGAAACCAACCCCCAAUGGUCAACAUGGCGGCUGCAUCCCCCACCCCCAGCCUUCUCAUCCUCCUCUUUCUCAGCUUCCUCCUCGCCAGCGCCACCUCGACGGCGCCCUACAACCCUCCCACCGUGCCGGAGCUCAUGGACCUGUUCGGCCUCCCGCGCGCGCUCCUCCCGAGCACCGCCCGGCGGUACCUCCUCCACGACGACGGCUCCUUCGAGCUCUUCCUCGACGACGUCUGCGAGGUCGAGGCCGGGGGCUACCGCGUCCUCUACGACAUCCGGCUCGCCGGAUCCCUGGCGGCCGGGUCGGUCACGGGGCUCGAGGGCGUGCGCGUCCGCGUGCUGUUCGUCUGGGUCCCCGUCACCGGCGUCGAGGUGGGCGGCGGGGUCGUGACCCUCAGCGUCGGGCCCCUCAAGAAGUCGUUCCCGGCCGUCGGGUUCAAGACCAGCCCCCGGUGCGCCGCCGCCGGCACGGCCGCCGCCGAUGUCGCUUAG